CGAUUCGGAAGCGGACGUGACGCGCCGGAAACGGAAACAGUUGCUGGGGGGGGAGGGCACGUGACGCGGCGCCGGCCAAUCGCAGCGCGUCGCGCUAGCACAUGGAGUGAGCAGUGCGGGAGGAGGCGCGUGCGGCGCGGCGCGGCAAGGUUACGGGUAGCCGGGCCGGCUUCGACUCCUCUCACUCUCUACCCACCCCCCUCCUCCUCGCUCGCCUGCCUUCCUCGCACCGAUCAAACGAACUUUCCUCGAGCCGCCUCUUGUCAUGGGCAACGUAGCGGCGGCUCAACCGCCGCCGCCGAUGAUGUCCUCGCCGGGGUUCCCUAUGCCGCCGCCCGGGAUGCCGGGCCUCGUGGCCCCGCAGUUGCCUCCGCACGGGGCCUCCGGAGCGACUGCCGGGGCGGCGGGGUCGGGUGGGGAGGCCGCGCCGCGAUCCUCGCUGCCCAACCCGGGCACGUACGACGAGCUGCACCGCAAGUGCAAGGAGGUGUUUCCCGCACAAAUGGAAGGAGUGCGGCUCGUUAUCAACAAAGGUCUUAGCAACCACUUCCAGGUGAGUCACACCGUGAACCUGAGCACCGUCGGCCCGUCUAACUACCACUUCGGCACGACCUACGUGGGCACGAAGCAGAUCAGCCCCACUGAGUGUUUUCCCGUUAUCAUUGGCGACGUGGACAACACGGGGAGCCUCAAUGCCCAGGUCAUCCACCAGCUGACGCAGCGGCUACGAGGGAAGGUGGCCCUGCAGACCCAGCAGUCGAAGUUCAUGACCUGGCAGUUUGACGCGGAGUACCGGGGGGAAGACUACACGGCCACCGUGGCGCUGGGGAACCCGGACGUCAUCUCCGAGUCGAUGAUCAUGGUGGCGCACUACCUGCAGAGUGUGACGGAGCAGCUGACGCUGGGCGGGGAGCUGGUGUACCACAGGCGGCCUGGGGAGGAGGGUGCCGUCAGCACGGCAGUGGCGCGAUACACCGGCUCAAACUGGGUGGCGACGCUAAACGCCGGGCUUGCCAACAUCCACGCCAGCUACUACCAGAAGGCCAACGAACAGAUCCAGGUGGGCGUGGAACUGGAGGCGAACAUGCGCAUGGAGGACACCGCGUGCACGUUCGGGUAUCAGAUCGACCUUCCCAAGGCCAACAUGGUGUUUCGGGGAACGGUGGACAGCAACUGGACGGUGGGCGCUGUUCUCGAGAAGAAAUUGCCACCCCUUCCGCUCACACUGGCACUCGCCGCCUUCAUCAACCACCGCAAGAACAAGUUCCAGUGCGGCUUCGGCCUGACCAUAGGCUGAUGACUCGUAAUUCCCAUCCCUACCGACUCCCCCCCCCACCAACUACCUAUCUCCUCCUGGUCCUCAACCCCGUUGCGCAAAAAAAAAAAAAAUCACGUUUCAUUUUUCGUGGGGUUUAUUUUGUUUUGUACGUUCAGUUACAAAACAAAAGGCCCCCAGUUGGCCCGCGCUCGUGUUGACGUGUGGACGAACGGUAAAACUCUGCGGCGAGACGCAAACUGCUGUGUACAGGGACGUGUUCGGCAUUAUGAAAAAAAAAACCCAAUCGACAACGAAAAUUACGACGUUUCGUUUCUUAGACUUGCAGCAAUUUGAAGCGAAAACCAGUCUACAUGCGACGUGAGAGCCAGGCGAUGUAAAGGGACGUUGCUGUAAUGUUUUUGCUUUUUCAUUAAAUCUGUCGGAAGUCGCUGGUUCGUUUUCCCCAUCUUCACGACACCGGUCUGUUAUCUUCCUCUCGUCGGCAUCACCGUCCCGGCCCUCGCUUGUCACCGCUGCUCAAAUAACUAAAAUAAAGCGCGCAGUUGGUGUACAUUAUGUUCAUCAACGCAAACAUACAAAUAUGCUUAUUUUUUUUAGUUUUCUACUUUUUUCCCAUCGGUUAUUUGGCAAACAUCUCCCCUCGUGUGGCAUUUGAAGAGCAUCGGACUGAGUUUUACAUCUGUUCGUUGAGUUGGGAAAGCCAUUCGGUGGGGUCUGAAGUCGCCGGGUAACGUUUGCACCUCUGCAAAAAAAGCGCUAAAUUGGGAACCGAUCGGGCACGUGAGCGACGGACUGUACUUCACCGCGGUUAUUGGGCGACUUUUAAAUUCUGCAGCCAUCAAAUGUGUAAAGUUGUUACAUUAGUUUUGUUAGGAUUGCACACUGUUUUUUAAGGGGGGCAAGCGAUGUGUGUUACCAUCCAGGUCCUUUGCAACCGAUUCUUUGAACUGGGUAUCAUCCCAACUUAAUACCCACCACACGAGGUUCCGCUUUGUUCCAUCCUGUUCCAUCUUACUUGCCAAUUCCCACCGACCUCCAGGAAUUGACAGCUGCAGCCAGGCUAAGGCUGUCCCUCCAUCAGUUUUAAACGAACGUUUAUGCUGCCUUGCGGCACUUUCGAAACACAUUUGUAACUGCAGUAUAACGGUGGUUUAAUAUAUUAGGUCGGUGUGUGUAUUAAAGCGCUUAUGUUUACCGAUGAAUGUGCUAAUUACGCCGUAACAAGAUAAUGCUUGGAAAAAUUAUGGGGGGGAAAAAUUUUAAUCUUUUCGGUUUUUGUGCAAAGCAGAUUGUUUCCAACGUGUUACAAACAUUGACAUUCUACGCUUAGAAUUGUCAUUGGUAUUUUUUUUUAAUACAGCAAAUUCUAAAAGAAAGGUUGUUACCAAGUGUCUUAGAAGAUUUUUUCUCCCCCCUCCCCUCCCCUUCAUUUCUUCACGUCGUACGAAUGGUCCACAAAAGCCCUCGCGUUUGCACGGAACUGCCGCGGUUUAUUUAUCGUGACGAGGUGAAGCGAUGCUGCUGGACGCGCCGAGGGGUGGUCAUCCUGUGCCUCGCCGGCUGGAAACCCUGCCGCCGAUCGUAAUGUUCAGCAUUCAGGAGAGACGCGCCAGUGUUCUUGACGCCCGAUGAAUCCAGGCUGAGUCUUUUGUCAGAGUAGAGGCGUUUCCCCCCCCCCCCCCCUCUUCGAGGUUUCGUCCUCAUCAUCAUCAUCUUAUUCUGUCCUCUUUGGUUUACGGCCGUCACUUCCCCCCCGUGAAGCGUCUCCGCUCACACCUUGCCCCACACCAUUGCGUUCUCACCGUGGGUCCUGGGCCUCCUUGCUGCUGCACUCCCCUUUGAACCUCUUUACAAACUGUUUCCAAGUCUGCUCGGAUGCGCAUGUCCACGGCUAUUUGUACGGCAUCUUGAGUCCUGGUCGCAUUUUAGAUUGAACAAUGCAGGUUGUGUUCCGUGCUUGAUUCGUGUCUGAAUGUGGUGGGGCAUCCCGCCCACCAUGAAAGAUAGACCGAGACUGAUCUCAUCACACUUAAAUUUUCAAGGGCUUGACGGACCUGGGCAUAUAUUUCCUAAGCUGGAUGGAAUAUCAUUGAGUCCAUACACUUGCAACUAAACAUUGUGCAUGUUUAUUUGUUUUUUUAUUUCCAAUAAAAUAAUUACCUGGAAUAUCCCUUGAGAUGGAACACCUUAUUUGCAAGGGUAUCCAGGGUGUCGAUUGAUAACAACAAACGCGUAAUGAACUUUGUUUAAACAUUUUAUCAGCAGGCUAUAUUUUCAUGGUCAUUCAACAUUGUUAUGUUUUUAAAUGGACCAAAAGCAUUCUACCAACUGUUAAAUGGGCUCUGAUAGCACACGCCACGUGUUGGGAUGUUAGUCGAUGCGCGGGGAUAGUGUCUGCAAAUUAAUGGAACGCGUCUUAGGAAUAUCCACGGAGGAGAUGGAGCAGUGAAAUUCGCUCGCAUGCAUGUGUUGGGUGCAUCCCACAAAAUAGAAUUGAAGCUUCCACUUGAAACCACUGAGACCUUGGCCAGAUGCAGUGCUUGCGUUUUUAUGUACGUGGCACAGACGGAUUACUUACCGGCAGUGAUUUCCAACCCGAGGACCACUGUCAAAGCAUAAACAUUUGUCGUGGACCACCUUGCAUUAGUAACAAUUUGCAAGAUUAAAAUGACUCCAAAAGCACCGUCAAAUGUUAAUUAAAAAGCCAUGAAAAACUAA